GGACAGUGCGGAAACCAGAUUGGCUGCUGCUUCUGGGACCUGGCGCUGAGGGAGCACGCCGCGGUCAACCAGAGUGAUUGGUGAUGGUGGCAGUAUUUCCAAGGGAAAAAUUCGUUCUUUAAAAGCACGAGCUGUCUUGAUUGACAUGGAGGAAGGAGUAGUGAAUGAAAUUCUACAGGGACCAUUGAGAGAUGUAUUUGAUAGCAAGCAGCUCAUCACUGAUGUUUCUGGCUCAGGGAAUAAUUGGGCUGUAGGUCACAAUGUUUUUGGCAGUCUUUACCAAGAACAAAUUUUGGAGAAACUCAGAAAAUCAGCAGAGCAGUGUGAUUGUUUGCAGUGUUUCUUUAUAAUACAUUCCAUGGGAGGAGGAACAGGAUCUGGACUUGGCACAUUUCUUUUAAAGGUGCUUAAGGAUGAAUUCCCAGAAGUAUACAGAUUUGUGACUUCAGUUUAUCCUUCUGGUGAGGAUGAUGUCAUAACCUCACCUUAUAAUAGCAUCUUGGCAAUGAAGGAACUUAAUGAGCAUGCAGAUUGUGUGUUGCCUAUUGACAAUCAAUCUUUAUUUGACAUCAUUAGCAAAAUUGACGUCAUAGUGAAUUCUGGAAAGUUGGGUAAAACUGUGAAACCAAAGAGUCUGGUUACGUCAAGUGCCAGGGCUUUAAAAAACCGCCAGGAGAAGCCCUUUGAUGCAAUGAACAACAUUGUGGCAAAUUUGCUGCUCAACCUCACAAGCUCUGCAAGGUUCGAAGGGUCUCUUAAUAUGGACCUUAAUGAAAUCAGCAUGAAUUUAGUUCCUUUUCCCCAACUUCAUUAUCUUGUAUCAAGCCUAACGCCUCUGUAUACACUAGCAGAUGUUAACAUUCCUCCUCGAAGGUUGGAUCAGAUGUUUUCAGAUGCUUUUAGCAAAGAUCACCAGCUAAUUCAGGCUGACCCCAAACAUAGUCUCUACCUCGCCUGUGCCUUAAUGGUUAGAGGAAAUGUACAGAUUUCAGAUCUUCGCAGAAAUAUUGAAAGAUUAAAACCUUCGCUACAGUUUGUGUCCUGGAAUCAAGAAGGCUGGAAGACCAGCCUGUGUUCAGUACCUCCUGUGGGCCAUUCUCAUUCAUUAUUAGCUUUAGCAAAUAACACUUGCGUGAAACCUACCUUUGUGGAACUGAGAGAAAGGUUCAUGAGGCUCUACAAGAAAAAGGCUCACCUUCAUCACUAUUUACAAGUUGAAGGAAUGGAGGAAAGCUCUUUUACUGAAGCUGUGUCAUCUUUAUCAGCACUCAUACAGGAAUAUAAUCAACUGGAUGCCACAAAAAGCAUGCCUGUACAAGAUUUUCCUAGACUAAGCAUAGCUAUGUAAAAAUAGAUAUGUAUAUAUAUGCAACUUUUAUUAUUACUUAAUUUCACAUUUUUUAGUCACUUUUACCUUUCUGUUUCAGCGUUUUUGUGAUUCAGAAAGCUCGGUUUGUGUUUCUUAUAUUACCAGGAAGUUUGUUUUGUUUUGUUUUGUUUUUGUCUAAAAGAGCAGCUGCCAUUUAAUCACAAUUUGCUGAUGGUAACAGUGGGUGAAAUUCAUGAAGUCCUAGUACCUUAACUUUAAACAUUUGUCUUCAGAAAAAUACCCUUUUCUAAAAUCGAGAAGGGCAAAGUUCUUCAACAUUUUAUUAGCAGUCUCAUAUUUAGGCAUAUAUACAUUGAUAAUGUCCUUAAUAAAAAUCUUGUACAGAUAUAUUUUUGUAUUUAUUUAUAAUUUAUAUCUUGAUCUUAGGUUUAAAUUCUCCUGAUUUCUAUAUAAUAGCCACUUAACUUACAGCGGUAGGUUUUAUUAUAACUGUUAAGGAGGUUUUGUUUCUUUUUUGUUGUUGUUUGCACUCAAAAGAAUCACAGUUUAUGUCUUUAUUUUAACAUGUAUUUUUAUUUAUUUUUAAAUAUAGUUUCUUUUUUAUCAAACCACUUUAUUUUAUAAUAAAUGUCCAUAAUUUUGAAUAUUGCUACUUGUUAUUAUUUUGCAUGUCACCAUUAAUGCAAGUGAAUGGAACAUUACUAAGCUUGAUAUGUUCUUCCAUACUUGGCAAUAAGUGGCUGUAAUAGUCUAGUGAAAUUGUUCCAAUUACUAUAACCUACAGUUUUUGUCUUUAACAGUAUUUAUUUGAAAUCAUAACUUAUUUGAAAUUCACAGGUUGAUUUAUCAUUUAAUGAAGUAAUGUUAGGAACAAUUUAUUUUCAAGCCAAAACAAUCUGUCGUGUGCUUUCUUUAUUGUUCUGUUUUUAAGGUUUCUUUCCUUUGCAGAGUAAUGAUAGUGUUUUUGGUUUUUAUCACGGGAAUUUUAUUUUAUUUUUAGUGUUUGAUGUAAAAACUUUUAGAUUACAGUUGUUAACAAUGGCCAGAGAACUUUCAUUCUCUCCUUCCUGAAAGGCAAUGAAAAUUAUAAAUAUAUGUAUACUUUAAUCUUAUUUCUGUUCAAGAAUUAAUCCAGAAUCUUGCUAACCCUAUGAUGAUUAUCAUCUGAUGGGAGUCUAGACUCCAUUGUCAGAGAACUGAUAAAGUUUUAAAAAUUUGAUGUGCUUUUUACACAUCUUCAACACAGAAAAGCAUAUUCCAUUUUUUUUGUAGAAUAAAAUGUCUUGUAAAUUGUAUAAUUUUUCCAAUAUACAUGGAAUUCCUAAUUGGAGUUAAGUAUCACUCUAGUUAUUACAUAAUUACAGGACGAAUUUUAGACAUAAGAGUUCUAUUUUACAUUUUUCAAAUCUCAUAUAUA